AUGGCUGAUAACGACUGGGAUACCGUCACCCGUAUUGGCAGCAAAGCCAGAGGCCCUGGCAGCGGAGGCGUCGACCGAGAACGGGUGGUGAGGGGCAGCUCUGCACUCAACGCAGCCAAACGAUCAGGUGCCGUCGUUGCCACAGAAAAGAAAUAUGGAGGGACCAACAGCAAAUCCAGCGUUGAAGGUCAACACUUGACCAAAGUCGAUCGCUCUGACGAGAUCAUCAAGCCCAAAACCGUCCCACUUGCGGUAGGACGAGCCAUCACCGCCUGGCGGAAUGCAAAUAAGAACGACAAGGGAAACGCAAUGACCCAGAAGGAGCUUGCCGGCAAAUCUGGAGUCAAAGAUGUGCUGCUGAAAGACAUUGAGAGUGGCAAAGCACUAUGGGACCAGAAAUCCAUCAACAAACUGGAGAAUUACAUGAAGAUUCACUUAACGGGGAGUGAUAUUGGGAAACCGAAAAAUGCGCACCCCAAGAAGUCGUAA